UUAAAUGAUACAUGUAAAAACAAGACAAGGGUUCGACAAGAAUUAAAAAAUGAACAAGCUAAUUUUGCUAAAACUAAGAUUCAGUUGGGAAAUAUUAAGGUAGAAAACCAACAGUUAAAGAAAAAAAUUAAGGGAUUAGAGAAUAAACUGGCUAUUAAAGAGCAGGAGUAUAAUAAUUUGAUUAGUGAGAGAAAUCAAGAAAGGGAUCGAGCUAAUAUGUGGGAAAAGCAAUAUUAUAUAUUGCAGGAUCAGAAGAAAAAGUAUCAGAUAUUAUAUAAAGCAUGUGUUAAAAGUCACAGUAAUUAUAAAUCUGUAAAAAAAGAGUUGGAAAGAAUUAAAAAAGAAAAUAUAGAGUUAAAAAAGGAAAUUAAUAGAGUUCAAAAUGAGAAAAAACAGAUUAAUCUAAAGAUUAAAAAGUUGGUUAAGCAAGUGGUAUUGUUGGUUAAGCAGAUGCCUCCUCAACUGCUUAGUAAAAUCAUUGAAUAUCUAGAUAAGUUAACUGAAGCUGGGAAUAAUAAUUUUUAUAAGCAAAGAAGUUCAAUAGUAGUGCAAGAGGCCUAUGAAGCUCAACAAGCAAUUAUCAAUGAGAAAGAAGAUGAUGCGGUACUCAAGGGUCAAAGACUUCCUUGA